AUGUCUCCCGACUUCCAAACAGUGGGUGCAGGGCACAACGCUCUCGGAGAGCCUCGUUUCCGAGCAGGCCGAGACAGCUCGGCUACGGAGAAGCCUGGUUUCGGAGAUCAUGUGUUGACAUGGCACGUCGAAGACGAGACAGUGCCCCACGAGUCUGCGCUGGAACGGGUUCGCUCAAUACUCCACGGAGUGUCGCGGCCGUCAGGCAGACUGACACAGCACGUGCAUGGCGUGAGCAAGACGGAAGACUACCGUCCGGAAGAACACCAUGUGAGCCACCAGGCAAGCCACCACUCUUCACACAACGAAGGUCAUCACAGCCAUGCUCUCCACCAAAGCACUGUUCACCACCCUCCACAAAUUCACGACGGUGAUGGCAAUUUGCGUCAUCAGGAGCAUUUUCCUCACCCUUCACACCUGCACCAAGGUCAUGCCCAUGCAUGCCAGCAAGGCCAUUCUCAUGUUCGGGGCGGCUACCAGGGCCAUGCCAUGUCUUCUAACGAGACUGUUCGCCCAAGGCCAACUAGGGCGCACACAGUCCCACUGCCUGGCAGCCAUCCAUAG